CUCUGGCUUAGCAGCGCGGAUUAUUCAAACUAAGCGCAUUCAGUCACAAUUCACUUAUCAUUCAUAAGCCGAUCUUUGCCGCGAAUAGUUCGACAGUUUCUGAUUUAGUCAAUAAAAACUAAAAAAAAUAAAUAAAAUGUCUUCUCUACUCAAAUGCAUCCUUGGUCUCUGCGUUGUGCUGUGCUUUGUGCAGUUCAUUGAAAUGGCUCGCAUUGCCCGCGACGAUGCAGCCGUCAAGGAUGCAGCCGUCAAGGAUCCUGCCGCUGACCUGAUAAACAACUUGCAAAACCUGGUCGGUGAUGUUGUGGAGAAGCUCAAGACCGCUGUCGAUAGUGAUGCUGUGAAGGUGAGUACAUAUGUAAAUGAAUGGCAGUUGAAACUUGCGAAAGCCGCAAUAAGUGGAGUGUACUUAACAGAAUUCAGUUUUCCGAUUUUAAGGCCGAUAUUCUAAAUUUUAUCACAAAGA